UCCUUACGGAUGGUCGUCGUUGUUGUAAACGUGAACGAUUUUACGUCGCGCGUGAACUAAAAUAAAUACCCCAUCUGUUCAAAUAUUGUGCAAGUUUUAUUAUUUCCGUAAAAACAUGCCGUAAAAGAUGUGUGUGCACCGCUUUCCGUUUGUCCUUGCGCUGUAAAAGGUCCCAAGAUUUGUUUCUUAUUAUUUUUGUGUCCGCUAAGUGCGCCAGUGAGGUUUUUUGUUUUCGUUCCGUCUAUUGUUAUUGGAUUUGUAAUACCGAUUAUGCCGACGACUACAGAUUAUUAAAGAUAAGCCUGGAAGAGAUGAUACGAUGACGUGAAAGCGAUGCUGCUGCAGCAGGCCUCGUCGCCUGGUCCCAGCGGCACGGCCAGUCCAAAACUAGCUCCUAGGCCCAACCCUAGUCCUAGCUUCAACUCCAGACUCACUGGAAGCCCCAGUUUAAGCGAUGGGGCCUCCAGUUCUAACAGCCCCAAGUUGGGCGCCAACAGCCCCAAGUUGGGCGCCAGUCCGAAGUUUGGGAGUCCGAGGUUGGGGUCUGGGAGCCCGAGGCCUAGGGCUCUGGAAGACGAAGCUGCUCUAGAGAGACUUCAAGCUGAACUGAAGGAAGGAUGGACGGUUCAUACGGGGAGAGAUGGCCGACUGUAUUAUUGCAACCACGUAACAAGAACGGCCAGUUGGCUGCCCCCGGCUGAGAACUGGCCUUCGCCGCGAGACGGCAGCACCAGCGCCAGCGGCAGCGGAAGCCAGGGUGAACAGGAGGAGGAGGAUCUACCAUACGGAUGGGAACACGCCCUGGACAGCAGAGGGAAGGCUUAUUACAUCAAUCAUGUCAACAAGACCACCACGUAUGUUGCCCCGGAGGGUUGUUCCUGUGAAUCUCCCCCCGCCCCCCGGGACGUGGUGCUGGAGAGGGACCCAGAGCUGGGCUUCGGCUUCGUGGCGGGGUCAGAGAAACCCGUGCUCGUGCGGUUCGUGACUGACAACUCGCCUAGUGUGGGGAAGUUAGAACCGGGCGAUCAGAUACUCUGCGUUAACGGAGAGGAUGUCAGCUUAGCUGCUCGAGAACACGUCAUUUCUGCAGUCAGGGCAUGUUCAGACAAGGUGACCUUGAGGGUAUGCCAACCGGCCAGGACCGGGAACCUCAUGAGGAGAUCAGCAUUGCUAUCAGCAGCGAAAAGGGCGAGGUUAAGAGCAAGACCGCCGAGGGUUAGGUUCGCAGAUUCGGUCCAACUGAAUGGAGCGCCUAUGUACCCUCCUUCAGCCUUCUCCCUCGGCGAUCUUUGCCUGCCGCCAAUGGCCAAUGUUCUCAAAGUGUUCCUGGAGAAUGGCCAGACCAAAUCCUUCAAGUAUGAUAGCACCACAACAGUAGCAGAUGUGGUGACAAGCCUGAAAGACAAGCUGUGUAUCACGGCUGAGGAACAUUUCAGUCUGGUGGUCGAGCAUGUGAAGAGCUUAAGGAGGAAUAAGUUGACGUUGUUGGACCCUAAGGAAUUUCUUGCGAGGAUUGCAGCAAAGCCUGGCUCUCACAAGAUGCGCUGUCUAUUCCGAGUGGUGUUCAUGCCGACGUCUGCCGCAGAAUUGGCCCAAAAGGACCUGGCAGCUUUGGACUAUCUUUACAUGCAAUGCUGUAACGAUGUAGCCCAAGAAAGGUUCGCACCGGAGCUGCAACCAGACGUGGCAUUGAGGCUGGCAGCUUUGCAUAUGCAUCAGCACGCGUUGGCGAAUAACAUGUCACCAGCGAAAUUAACGGUGAAGGCUGUGGAAAGAGAGUUUGGCUUAGAGCGGUUCGUGCCUAGCGGUUUACUGGAGAGUAUGAAAAGAAAGGAACUUCGGCGGCUGAUCGCGCAUUUCCUCAAACUCAACUCUCAAAUGACUGGCAGUCAGAGGCAGUUAACUCAAUUACAGGCCAAGCUCCACUACCUGGACAUCGUGUCUGGGUUACCCAGCUACGGCGCCAAGUGUUUCAGCAGCAGUCGCCCGGAGCGUGUUCUACUGGUCUCUCCUAGAUUCGGCCUCAGUCACAUCAUUGGGAGGAACAAUUCUGUGCCCCAAUCCAUCGCCUCUCUGGAAGAAGUGGAGGGCAUCAGAGUGAAGCCUGAGGACUCAGGGUGCGCGGACGUCGCGAUUUUCUUGAGAAGGGAUCGCGUCUUGUCUCUGCUGAUGGACGAAAGAGAUGCUGCGGAGAUGCCAUUAGUUAUUGCUGGAUACUAUCGUCUCGCUACUGGUCAAGAACUGAACGUUGAACAAGAAAGAGAACCAAUCACAGAAGAUAUAGCUCCACCAUACUUAUCACAGCACAACGUGGUACCAGCAAAAUGGAGCUACUUGAACUGCGACGAUCCAAACGUACUCACCAGAAAACACUAUGCAAUCUUCAGCAUGCCCCCGCCGUAUCACUCCACGCCAGACCAGUCCAAAUCCAGUCUUGACACCAACAUGAAUGCUAGCAUCACAAACAGAAAUCACAGCAACAACUCUAGCCCAUUAAUAGGAUACGAUUCGAAAUCUGGUCUAUUGGGGCAUGAUGUUCAUUUCGAUAAAUGUAAAAGAAAUGAAGAAUUCAGACUCUUUGACCCGAAUGAUUCUUGUUUUCUGGAUGAUGGCAUGGGUUUUGAUCUUCAAAGCGUUCUUUCUAUGGAACUCUUAGAGAAUGCGAGCAACCCUAGGUUAGUUGAGGCAAAGAAUGAGGAAGUCUUAAGAAGAGUAGCUGAAAUGCAGAAGUUAGUUGAAAAUUCUGAACAAUAUUUGACUGAAAAUUGUGAUGUUUCGUAUGAUGAUAUGUACAGUGAAGGGGUACUGAGAGACGAAUUUUUAGGUAAGGAAUCGAGCGUAGAUCAUUUAGAAAGUGAUACAGAAUCUAAUAAUAGUCGAAUGUCCGCUGCAGAUGAUGCUCCUGGUAUUCUCAAACACAGCGAUUCCCUGUUGCUGUUAACAGAAACUAUAAAUCAAGGGCUGAGUGGUUUAACUAUACCUGAAAGUUCUAACGAUAAUAACAGCACGGGAUUAACUAACCGACAAUCACAAGGCCUUAGUGCUAUACUUAAUAACUGUGGAUUGACUGAUGCUUUAAUAGCUUUAAACAGUGAGGUUUGUCAUUCCGAAAGUGAUAAUGAUUCUCUAUAUACACCCACAAAUAGUCCUAUUAGACGACAUCAAAACAAACCUAAUACUAAUAAAAUAGUUAGAACCAGUUUUGGCUUACAUAGCCCAGACACCAUACAAGACAAUAAGGAACCGAAUUUGAAAGAAUAUUUGAAACAGCUAAAAGAAAAAAGUAGCAAAGAAGAAGCCAGAGCUGCUGAAAUCCCGUUUUAUUGUCAGGAAAGUUCAGUAGAUAAUGAUGCAGAGCUUAUAGAUUUAACCUUAAUACCUCCCCCACAAACUCCUGACGAAUUAGAUUGUGCUACACAAGUGCCUCAAAUAUUGCCUGUCGUCCCGCCAUCGUUUGCAGACGAUAAGGAAAACUCCCAAGGAAAUAAUCUUAAAGUACCAAAAACAAGUGAGCUUGAAGAGUUUUUAGCCAAUGUUACUAUACAACCACCUACCGUUAAAGUUACGCCAGCCAUCGAACUAACGCCAGAAGAAAUAAUGUCUUAUAUCAUCCCACCUCCUCCUGGUUCUAAUUCUUCUACAUUAGAUAGAGAGCCAGUACGUUAUGUAAAUCAGAGUCAAAUACUUGAGGCGAAAAAUAGUCUGAAUCAUACUAAUGUGAAGCCUUCAAAUGGUGAAGUUGUAAAGGGGACGCUUAGUGUUAGUGAGAUUAGAAAUAUGUUUACAGCUAAAAGUUUGAGUGACGCUAGAAAUAGUUUGUUACUUAAAGACAAAACUAAGUCACAGGCGCCUAUUAAAUCUGAUUCGCCUAAAGGAAAGAGAAAAAGUAUUAAUGGUGAUAAACCCGCCAAUGGCAACGCGCAUAUAAUAGAAUAUCCCACAGUCGAAAGAAAAGGUAUGUUCUCAUGUUGUAGUAAAGACAAAAAUAGAAGUGACAAUGAAACGGAAGAAGAAGAAGCUGAUCGAAUUGAAAAUCAUAUGGAAAAUUCUGAUUCAAUGCCUGAUGUUUGCGAAAUAAGACCUCCACCGCGGAGAAAAAGUAACGAAAUCAAAAAACCUCCCGAAAGACCACCGAAAACACCUCCUGCGCCGGCACCUCGACCUCGAUCAAACUCAUUCACUUGCGCCAACAACGAACUAACUGCUGUUGAGAUACCCAACAGCCAUUUCAGUACAUUGAACAAUAGAAAGCUAAAUUACAAAGUAGUCUGUGAAAUAAAUGAACAAAAUAUGCAUAACCCACCACAAUUACCUCCCAGAUUCGAAAACAGAGCAUUGUCGCCGCCUCCACCGUUGCUACUACCUCCAAAAAAGCCACCUCUACCUCCCGUGCCAAGCAUGGAAGUAUUACGAAUAAAAGCCCAGAAACAAUCACCGAUUCGUAAUCAAGAACAACGGCUCGCCAGCAUAGGCUCGCCGCAUUUUCAAAGAAACCUGAACACGUAUAAAAAACUCGAAAGCGAGAGCCGAGCGACUGACGAUGAUGUUCUCAACGUGAGAAGCACGCAAAGUUAUAGUUCCAUGACGUUACAAAAUCGACACGUGCGAUCGAAUUCAGAGACAAAGAACACGAUACUGAAAAACAAAGAGAUGUCAACGGCUUUAUCGCUAUGUUCACCGCAAAUGAACAGACGUUUCAGCAAUCGACCUGAUAUAUUGAACGGUGCUCCUGGAAAUGACCAAAGGAUGUUCAGUCCGCCAUUAUCAGAGCGUAAACCUUUUAGACGAGAUAGUGCAAGUCCGACUCCCAAAGUGCAGAAUCAUGUGAGAUUCAAAGAGGACGUGGUGGAUGAUAUACCGACGCCUCCAUCGCCACCCACUGUGAAAUUCCCAGAGUUGCAAGCUGGGAAUAACGGGCAUGUGUCUUUGGAGAAUCUUCUUUGUAAGACUGAGGUGGCAGUGGACGGCCUUUUGCAGAGGUUGCACCAGGUCGCACAGAAAUGUUCACACCAGCAUGCGCACGGUGGUGGUGAAGACAUUGACGAAAUAAAAUUUCAGCGCGCACGCAGCGAGUUAACCUCCUGCGCAGUGUCCUUGGUGGGAGCGUCGCGGUCUCUCGUUGGAGCCCUGGGCACCGGCGGGGCGGGGUCUUCAGGGGCUCCCAGUGCAUUGGCUGACUGUUUAGCACCGUUACGACGAUUGGCGGAUUUGGCUCAGGCACUUGGCAGGCACACUUCCUCGCCGCUACAAACGAGGAAUCUGGUUCUCCGAGUUCAUGAUGUCACCGCAGCCUUCAAGGAACUUGCUGGGGCCGAAAUGGCUGAGAUCAUACACGAUCAUAACCUUAAAAAAUCACAAGCGCAGGAGCAAGACACUAGUUCAACUCUCGAGGGCCAACUCGCCCUAAGAGCUGAAUGCUUAGCAAAUGUAUUAGCCACUCUUCUUAGAAGUUUGAGGGUAUUUUCACCGUGAGUUCGCGCCAAUUUUCGAAUAUCGAACAUCAAUGCAAAUGUCAUAAUAAAAGAGUAUGUAAUUUGUUUGUUUUUUAAUCAAGGUAUUAAGAUAUACAUCCGAGUAGAUUUAAUAUAUUUUUAUUUGUUACUUAAGAGUUUCUGUUGAACUAUAACCGUUACUAAAAUGAGACCAAAUAAAAUUAGGUAUGUUUGUAAAAUUGUAGUUGGCUAUACAUUGUGUUAAUUUUAGUUGUAGUUUUGUAAAUUUUAACGUGCGUUAAUGAUUAUUAUAGGUUGUUUUAUAAAUUUUUGUGGCAUUGUAACGUAUUGGAGGGUGAACAUCAUAAUAAUGAGAUAUAUAGAUAAUCCUGUCUCUUUAAUAAUGUUCAGAAAUAGUCGAAUAAAUAACGUUUUAUUGUUAGUGAGUAAAUGCAUUCUAAAUUGUUAUGCAAGAGAAUGGCAUAAAAAAUAUAUAAAAAUAUGCCAAAAUAUUACAUAAUGGGAGAAUUUCGUUUUAAACUUACGGCUCUUGAUAUGUUUUUGUAAAAUCUUGGCAAGGAAAUGUAUAUUGUAGUAAUGUUCUCGAUACUUUUCUGCUUAUAUGAUUCCAUAGAGAAAGUGUUACCAUAGAGUUAAUUUUAUCUUUACAUAUCUAUUUACAAGGAAAUGUGUAUAUUUUCUACUUUCUAACAUGUGUGAUCGAAUAAAAGAUGCAAAAUGCAUCGUUAAUCAUAUCUGAAUGUCUAACUAACCAUAUCGUGAAUAGUUACAAAUAAAAAAAAAAACGAUUAUGAUAGAUUUGCCGCGCAUUUUCGCAAAAAAGUUUGGUGUUGCUAGUUGUGAAUUUGUUUUUGUUUUAUAAAAAAAAGUGUUGCCAGCAUUCGUUUUGCGGUUCACGCAAUGUGCUGAUAUUAAAAUAUUGGUGCUAUUUUGGGAAAUGUGUACUUUUUGUAUUGUGAUCAGUUGAAAUUAUUCUGCAAUUAUUUAGUUGUAUUACAUCUACCAAGGUAGAAUUUCGCAUGCACCAGUGAUUUGAUUUUGAAUCGUAAUUUUAAUGAAAUAAGGUUGUUUUUGGAAAUGCAAUAAAUCUAGAUAAUUAUUCCUAUGCCUAAUAACUGUUAUUAUGUACCGUUAGCCUGCUAAGUACAACUUUUUUAACUCCCGAUGUUCCAAAGCUUAUGUACAGCCAAAGAAGGUCCCUUCUUGUUUUUUUUAUAUAAAUUUUAUUUUGUUUUCUUGUUCUUGAUAUACCUUCGUGUACUUUAGUGAAAAAUGUAAUUCAGAAUAGAUUUAUUGUUGAUCGUUACACAUAGUAGGAUCUAAGUCUCCCUUUUUCGGUACGAAUAUCCACAUUGGUAAUUCAUUAUAUGUAGGUCCAUGACCAAGUCAUUUUAUAUUACAAAAUCUUAUUUACACAAAUAAAUACAAUCACGUCUAUAUCCCUUGCGGUAAUUAAUUUUGUUUUAUUUUUGCUAUCAAUGCAGUAUGACGUAAUUUAAAAAAAUAAUAGGACCACUCCAUUUUUUUUCCAUGGAUGGAUAAACUUGGGAUUUUUCCUUUAGGCGACGGGCUAGCAACUUGUCACUAUAUGAAUCUCAAUCUCAUCAAGCCAAACAGCUAAACGUGGCUCUGCAAGGGAUAUAGACGUGAAUGUAUAUGUAUGUAAAAACUAAAAUUAUAAAGUUUGUUGAUAAAUUCUUACAAAUACAAAAUUCAGUCUCCUACACUGUCAUAAGUUUAUAAUUUAUAUUUUUAAUGUAAGAAGGAUCUGAUGUGUAUUUUGAAAAACUCUUUUAUUCAGAAUUCAUGUGUGUAACGAUGAACACUCCUGUAAGUAUAUAACCAGAUUAUAGCAAGGUUUUAUCAAGGUAUCGCUGUAUUAUACCACAAUCGUUUAUUUAUCGUUCAAGGUAACAUAA